ACAUAGCUAUGCAACUGGCCAGCUUACACUGGUCUAUUCAAUCAUCCUAAUAAUUCAUAAAUUCUUCAACUGCCAUGACAUUUGCACAAAACCUGAAUUGAGGAAAUACGAAAAAGUAAUUUUUGAAAGUGAUGCAUAUAAUUAUUCUCAUCACUAUUAUUAUUCUCGGACAAUCCGCUCUAAUCAGUCUCUUGCAGUUGUUAGCGGCAGUUUUGAAAGAUUGAAUGAAACUAAAAAUAUCGAUCCGCAGUUCCCGUUUACAUUCUACGGUUCUCAAGUCCUGCAUUUCAGAAUAUUUCCCACUGGUAGAAUUUUUAUGAACGAUGCAUCGUACUUGGGAGGAAUUAAAAAUUAUGUGAGAAGUGGUUAUCGUACGGUAACUGAAUUUUCGAAUCAGCGAGAAUUAUUAGCCGUCAGAAACUCCUUUUAUCCAGAAGCUGUUGCUACAA